ACGCGCCGUGUCCUGUGAGCGAGUCACGCUGCGCAGCGGGCCCCUCGGUCGACGUUAAUCCACCGGGCGUGACCUGGGUCUCCGCCCUGUCCGGGGAGCCCGGCUGACGGCGGCGGCUCCGGGUCGAGUCGCCUAUAAAGUGUGCUCGGCUCGGCUCGGGGGGGGGGGGGGAAGAGGAAGUGCACGUUGCAGAUACCUGCUCGUUUGGACACACACACGCACACACGCCGCAGAGGGACAACGAUGAGCGGGGACAAAGUGCAGAGGAAGCCGAUCCGCCUCGUAGCGGCGGCCUGCCGUGGCGGAGGCAUCGGGAAGGACGGACAGAUGCCCUGGGACCUCCCAUCUGAAUUCCAGUACUUUAGGAACCAUGUCCAGGGCGUGUCGAGACCAGGGAGGAUGAACAUUAUGGUUUGGGGAAAACUGUGCUGGUUCUCUGUCCCAAAACCUGAUUUCCCACUGCCCAAUGUACUGCACGCGGUGCUGAGCACAACACUGAAGGAAGUUCCAGAUCACGCCCAUUUCUUGUGCAAAGACUUGGACGCCGCCGCCCGCCUGGCUGUGCAGUCCCCCCUCGCCGACUUGAUUGAGACCAUCUGGGUGGUUGGAGGGACGCAGGUGUACGAGGAUGCGCUGAAGCACCCGUGGUGUGACCUGGUUUACCUGACGGACGUCAUGGCAGACUUCGACUGCGACGUUUUCUUCCCCGAGUUCGACAAGGGACUCUUCAAAGUGCAAGAAGGAUUUCCUGGCGUACCGAGUGAAAUUCAAGAAGAAAACGGCAUCAAAUACAAGUGCCAAGUAUUCAAGAAAGAGACUGGUGAUGCGGUGUAGAAGCAGAAAAACCGAAUAUUGAUGUCAGAAAACCACUCUUAUUAUUUCAGGGUUAACUCCUGGAUAGACAAGCUGCCAAAACCCACAAUGCAUCAUUAGGCUUUGAAAGAACAGUGAGCUUCCCUGUGUGAAAAGGGUAGUUGUAGUCUGUAAUUAGUGAGAUGCUUUAAACACAAACUUUUUGUGUUUUAAAAGUUUUCUUCCAGAACAGUUGCUUGGUUGGGCAUUUCGAUCUGCCCGGCUAGUUUUUGGCUCACAAGGCCAAAAGUGAAUUAUCCUACUGGUCUGCCUGGAUUCUACAAUGACCGUGAUUUUACUCAGAUUUACAUGGAGACAUUUUACAGCUUGUCCGUUGUUUACACCUGGAAUGAAACUAGAAUUGAUGCGUUUUUUACUGUGUGGUCUUUUAUGGAUCUAGGAGUUUUUUUCUGACAAUAAAUGAUUACGGUUUUGAGCAUCGAUUGACACGUGAAUCGAUUUUUCAACUUUUGAAUAAAAUGAUCCUUAAUCAA